AUGGAACAAAAGUUAUCUAUGUUCAUCGAUAUGUCUGAUGGAAGUGAAGUUAGCAAAGCAGAAACUAUUUACACGGCAAACUUAUCCACUGCUCGGAAUAUGCUGUCUGAAGCAGUAAAAAGUCAACAACACUCCAAAGAAAUAUGUUUCCCGCCUGAGAUGAUCCGUAUAAUGCUGAGGUGUCUCUGGGCCCAUGACGGGGAUCUUUUAGUACUAUUAUUUCCUAUGCUUAAAGCUGCAAGAUUAAACCACACAUUUCCUACCGACGUAUUUUUUAUGGAUAAUGUUCUGUUGUCUCCUUCUCUUUGUCGUUGGCCACGGCAUGUUGGGAAUUUGGUUUAUGAGCAUCCGGAAACUGCUGUUUAUGUCCGUAUUGUAAAACGAGCCCAAUGUUUACACAAUAUCGUAGAGUUUAUCCGUCAACGCAAUGAAGUGAGCAAUUCUGCUGAUGUAAAUAAACCUCCAGAACCAAAGUCCACAACUAGUGAUGGUGAUCUGAUUGAUGAUGCACAAUCGGAUGGUGCACUUAAACUUGCAACUGUGCUUCUUCAAGCAGCUGUUAAUGGAAUAUACGAUAUGAGUAUGGCAAUCACACCUCUAGGACUAGAUCCGGAUCCGAAUCUCAGUGUUACUGAGGUUGGAGUACCGUUAUUUUUCGCAUUCCGUUUAACAUUCCCAACACCAGUAACAAAAUUCAAUUUAGUUCAUUUACGUCAGUUAGUAAUGAAUGGACCAAAUAACUAUCCAGGAGCUACAAGUAUUCAGUUUUCAAAUGGUAUCAUUACUAUGCUGCCGCCAAAUGAUACUCCACAGGCUAAAAAAAAACGUGAAAUGUUAGCUUUGCGGUUAAAACCACUUAUUUCGGGUAAAGAUAACAUACCUAUCGUUGUUAAUCGUCAUCUACUUGAUGGUGAUAUGCUUAUUAUGAACAGACAACCAACCCUUCAUCGGCCUUCAAUGCAAGCACAUCGUGUUCGAAUAAUAAAGUGUGCUGGAGCAAAAACUCUCCGAUUACACUAUUCAAAUUGUAAAGCUUACAAUGCAGAUUUCGAUGGGGACGAAAUGAAUGGUCAUUUUGUUCAAAGUUAUGCAGCAAAAGCUGAACUUGAAACAUUAGCUUCUGUUCCACAUCAAUAUUUAGUACCUAAAGAUGGAACACCACUUGCUGGGCUUAUACAGGAUCAUGUUAUAGCAGCAGUUAAAUUAACAAUGCGUGAUCGGUUUUUCGAGCAUGCUGAUUAUUUGGAUCUUGUAUAUCAUGCUCUUCGACCUUUAUUUGCUAUAAACAGACAAACAUCUUCGGGCCCACCAUCUAUUAUAACAAUUAAACCUGCAAUAUGUUGGCCGAAAUGUCUCUGGACUGGAAAACAGGUUAUUUCAACAUUGUUAAUAAAUCUCACACCUUCAGGUUUAUUACCACUAAAUGCUACCCUUUUAGGUCGACGAACUAAAGCUGAACUUUGGUCUGGAGUUGCUCCCGGUGAACCAACACCAUUAUCCGAUGUAGAUUUAGUUAUAUGUGAUGGUUAUCUUGCAUCUGGCAUGUUAGACAAAUCACAUAUCGGUUCAAGCAGUACAGGUUUGAUACAUUGUGUAUAUGAAGCAUAUGGUCCUGAAUCUGCUUCAUGUUUAUUAAAUGGGAUUAGUUUACUAGCCAAUAGGUUUUUAAAAUUCAUUGCCUUCACAAUGGGUUUGAAAGAUAUUUUACUUUCACAUAGAGCAGAUGAAGAAAGACAACGUCGUUUCAGUAAUCUUAAAGAUCUUGGCCUCUGUGCUUUUGCAGACACAUUCAGUUUAAAACCAGACGAACUAACCGAACAUAAUGUGAAACGUUUGUAUCGUCACGCACAAUUCCCUUCAUCUACUGACCAGUCUUCUCAAAAGCGUCUUGCUCAGUUGGACAUGGCAAUUAAAGAUCGACUAAAAAGGGCGCAAGACGCAGUAUGUGACUCUGCGAUCCCAGGAGGCUUAUAUGUCGGUUUUCCAGAGAAUAAUUUACAACUCAUGGUUCAUGUUGGUGCUAAAGGUGGUAUGGUUAAUGCUCAACAGAUGUCUGUCGCUCUUGGUCAGAUUGAAUUAGAAGGUCGUCGUGUCCCACUCAUGCUAAGUGGCAAAACACUACCUUCAUUUCCACCUUACGAUGUUCGUCCACGUGCUGGUGGUAUGUGUACUGCUCGAUUUCUCACUUCACUACCUGCACAAGAGUUGUUUUUCCACUCGAUGGCAGGUAGAGAUGGUCUUGUUGAUACAGCUGUAAAAACUAGUCGAUCAGGUUACUUACAGAGGUCAGCUAUUAAACAUCUAGAGGAUUUAAGCAUAAGUUAUGAUGGAACAGUGAGAGAUUCAGGAUCUAAUAUAAUUCAAUUUCGAUAUGGAGACGAUGGAGUGGAUGUAUGUCAAGCCGGAUUUUUACAACCUAUUGGUUUACAUUUCUUUGCUGAUAACGUAAAUCUAAUGAAAAUGCGUUGGCAUUCUGAUAAAAUCAAUACUGAUAAUCCAGCAUAUGCUCAUUUGUUUGAAAAAAACACACUUCCUAAACCUAUACAAAUAAUGGCAGACCAAGUUGGUGUUAAGAGACAAUGUAUUCUACAUAAAACUGUAUCAAAGCAUAAACUUGUCAAGCUUGUCAACAGUAGUAAGAUGGCUCAUAAAGCAUUAAAAAUAAUGGAAACAGAAGAGAAAGCAUCCGGAAAAGAUAAGAUAAUGAAUGAAAUAAUCCCUGAACCACCAUGUGCUACAGCGGCUGAAUUAAGAGAUUUAUGUUUAGCCAAAAUUAUUAACGCUCAAGCACCACCUGGUGAUCCUGUAGGUUUAUUGGCUGCACAAUCAGUUGGUGAACCUUCUACUCAGAUGACAUUGAAUACUUUUCAUUUUGCUGGACGUGGUGAAAUGAAUGUAACUCUGGGAAUACCACGCUUACGAGAGAUCCUCAUGUCCGGAUCAUCCAAUAUAAGUACACCAUGCAUGGAAGUUCCUAUAUGGCCUACCAAAGAAGCUCAACAACUUAGCGAACAAAUAGCUAAGAAAUUUUAUAAACUGAAAUUAUCUGAGACUUUAAAAUUACCUAUUGGUCAAAAAGUUAACUAUGUAUCCGAUUCGUGUACAUUUGAAUUUAAUUUACAACCGAAAUCAGUCUAUUCUGAUCAAAGUCAUGUAACACCUGUUCGUGUUUUACGUUUUCUUGAACGUAUUCUAUUCCCAGAUUUAGCUCAUCGUUUAAAUGAAGAAUUAAAAGAUCAAGGAAAAACUAGUCUUAUAAAAAGCUUUGCCUUAUCUGCUAUGGCUCGUCAACAACAAGCUGGUCAAAAUAAAAACUCAGAAGAACCAGCUGAGGAUGCUGAUAUUGUGAAUCAACCAAGUAUUGGUCGUACUCGUGCACAAGACGAAUGGAAUGAAGAUGAUGGACAUGAAGCUAUCAGACGCCGGCGUCUCGAAGCAAAUGCCGAAGAGGAAGAUAUUACUGGUGGUGAUAAUAAUCGUCGUAAAAAUGGAUCUGAUCUGGAUGAAUUGGUCGAUUUAGACUUAGACGAUGAAUAUGAUGCUGAAGCAGCCGAACUACAUGAAAUUGGACAAGAUCGUGAGAAAGAUGACGGUGACGAUGAACAACAAGACGAUAAUGGUAAAUGGCCUUGGAAUGAAUUAUCUCCAUCAAGUACAAAUUCUGAUGAAUUUAUCCAAUGGACUGGUGAUCCUGAAUUAAAUCAGUCAGAUGUAGAUGAUGAACGGGAAUUAAUCCAAGAAAAUAUGGAACGAAAUAUAGAACAAGAGAAUGCUAUAAGUCAUGAUGAAGCUCGCAAACGGAUAACGUUUGUUACCAGCCUGCAUGCUCGUUUUAGUGGUUACGAUUUCGACAGAAAAAAUUCAUCGCCGAAAUGGGCACGUCUUACAAUUUGUAUGUUCGAUCCAAACGAAGGACGUAUAUCUAUUGACCUAGAAACUUUAAUUAUGCGCCUUAUUAAUCGAAGCGUUGUAUCCUCGGUAUCCGGUAUCGAAAAGACCAUUAUUGAUCGUUCAAAACCAAAUCAAUGGAUGUUCCGAGUUGAAGGUAUAAACAUGAUUGAGAUGAUGCGUUAUCCACAAGUGUUUGAUUUGAGUCGACUCUAUACUAACAACAUCACUGUAAUGAAUGAAACAUACGGUAUUGAAGCAGCUCGGGCAGCACUUCAAAGAGAAGUAUCUGGAGUCUUUGGUCAUUAUGGGAUUCAUACGUUCAAUGAGUUCACAUCCAUCACUGCUUCAGCAAAUGACCUUCGAGACUGUUGCAAAUGUUUAAAAAAUUCAUUACAAAAUGAUUCUAUGGACAAUUUAAUUUCUCCUUCUGCAAGUUUAGUUACUGGUCGAAUAGUUCAUUAUGCCGGAACAAAUUGUUUUGAACUACUUCAAAAGUUGGCUUGUUAA